AUGCGAGGUACUAUUGAUCCAAAUUCUUUGUUGUUUGACCCAGAAUUAGAAAGGAGAAUUAGGAAGAACAGGAAGGCAGCAAGACGAAGACAGUUACAAGAAAGGGGUGAAUCUAGUGUGACAAUUCAAGAAGAGAUUAUGGCAGAAAAUCAUGUGCCACCACCACAGAGGACACUGGGAGAUUACAUGACUCCCACUGUUAUUCCACCAAUAAGGAGUGUUGUUCGACCUACAGUGGAGCCCAACAACUUUGAGUUGAAACAUGCACUAGUACAAUUGGUGCAGAAGGAACAGUUUGCUGGAACCAGUGCAGAAGACCCAUAUUUGAACAUUGAGAAUUUCUUACUGUUGAGUGAUACGGUGAAGAUCAAUGGUGUGACCAGAGAUGUUAUUCUGUUGAGGUUGUUCACUCAUUCACUGAAGGAUGAUGCAAGAAGAUGGUUACAAUCAUUACCUCAAGGGAGUAUCACAACUUGGGAUGAUCUGCAAACCAGGUUCAAGAAACUUUUGAGGAAAUGUCCACAACAUUGUAUUAAAGUGUGGAAUCAAGCAGCAAUAUUUCUCCAAGGGUUGACAACCAACACAAGGACAUUGGUGAAUGCCACAGCUGGUGGUUCACUAACGACCAAGACUCCUCAGGAAGACCUUGACAUAUUUGAGUCCCUAGCAUCUCAGGAGUUUGACAAUGCUCCAGUAAAUGACAGAAGAACGGGGAUUAUAAAACUUGAUGGCUAUGAUGCUUUGUUAGCCAAGAAUGAUCAGAUGAUGCAAAUGCAAAAACAACAACAACAACAAUUGGAUGCUGUCACGAAGCAGCUAUCUUCUCAAAAGGUUGCUUCUGUAGACACUAAUCUUGUGUGUGCAAUUUGUGCGAAAAGCCAUGUUACAGAUGAUUGCGAUUAUAGGGGAUCUGCUGAACAAGCAGAAGUAAAUGGGGUAUGGUAUGAUCAGAGGAACCAUAACAACCAGGGGCGAAAUGUGUAUGUUCCACCAUGGAAGAAUAGGAAUCAGCACCCAGGGUUCAGUUAUAGUUCCAAUCAUCAGUUGAAUCCUCCACUGCAUCCUCCUCCAACACAUUCAUCACAACAAGGUGAUACCUCUGCAUGGGAGAAAGCUUUUGCCCAGUUAUCAAAGACUACUCAAGAUUAUAUUCAGGGGUCAAAUUCUUUCAGAGAAGAAACUUCUACUUUCAUGCAAGAGACAAAAACAGCAUUCAGGAACCAGGAAGCAUCCAUCCAGAAUUUGGAGACCCAAAUUGGCCAGUUGUCUAGACAGAUAUCUAAGAGACCAUAG